CGCUGUACAUGCGCGUCUCUUUAGUAACACCAGCAGGAAAAAACAGUGUAGACGGAAACCAGCAGAAUCUGGCAACCUUGUGCAUGGACAACAGUACACGAAAUGUCUCACAAGCCCCCAUGGGCCACGUGCAGCUAAAAGCUCCGCCCAACCUGGCCAGAGGAUGGAAUCGCUCCCUGAAGCUGUCCUGAUCCAGAUCCUGGCCUCCAUCCCCGCAGUGGAGCUGGUGCUGGUGUGCCGCCUAGUCUGCGGCCAGUGGAAGAACCUUGUGGAUGGAGCAGCAAUCUGGUUCCUGAAGUGCCAGCAGGAUGGGUUCACUGAGGCAGAGCCUGAGGAGGAGGCCAAGGACUGGCAAACGUUCUACUUCCUGAGUAAACGGAAGAGGAAUUUAAUCAAGAACCCAUGCGGUGAAGAGACUUUAGAGCACUGGGAGGAAGUGGAGAACGGAGGCGAUGGCUGGAAAAUUGAGGAGCUGCCAGGAGACUUCGGAAAAGAAUUUCCCAGCGAUGGAGUCCACACAUACUUCGUCACCUCCUACGAGUGGUGCCGCAAGUCUCAGGUCAUUGACCUCAGGGCGGAAGGUUACUGGGAGGAGUUGAUGGACACAACGCAGCCUAAAAUUGUGGCAAAGGACUGGUAUGCAGGGCGCAGCGACGCCGGCUGCCUCUACCAGCUGCACGUGAAGCUGCUGUCAGAGCACGAGGACGUCCUGGCAGAGUACAAGAGCGACACCAUCGCCAUUCCGCAGAACAGCGACGCUGACUGGACCGAGAUUUCCCACACCUUCUCCGACUACGGUCCCGGGGCUCGCUUUGUGCGCUUUGAACACGGCGGCCAGGACACGCUAUUCUGGAAAGGAUGGUACGGGGUCCGUGUGACCAACAGCAGCGUGAUGGUGGAGCCCUAGCCAGGCCAUGGCCCUCAAGCCAGACCGGGUCCCAUUCACCGCAGCUAGCCCCUGGCAUCCUCCAUGGGCUUGGAAUGGUUUCUGCAUGGUGCUGCUUCCAGGAGUUCCAGAGUAUAUCACUUACCGCAUUGAGAGAGUGUGUCUCUCUUGCUUGCUCUCUCUGCAGGGACUCGGAGUAGCAGGUUUUGCUUCCAUUAAUGCACCAACCCUUAGAAAGCUUUAAAAAACCUCAGUUCUCUCCCCUCACCCACUAGCCUGAUGCCCUUCCAGCCAGGUACAGCGUUGCUCUGGAACAGUGCCCA